AUGUCUGCCGAAUCAGCCAGCCAAAUUCCUAAGGGACAGGUUGAUCUGCUAGAUUUUAUUGACUGGUCUGGUGUUGAAUGCCUCAACCAAAGCUCAAGUCACUCUUUGCCCAAUGCUCUUAAGCAGGGAUAUAGAGAAGAUGAAGGUUUAAACUUAGAGAGUGAUGCUGAUGAGCAACUUCUGAUUUAUAUUCCUUUUAACCAAGUUAUCAAACUACAUUCCUUUGCCAUCAAGGGCCCUGAAGAGGAAGGUCCUAAAACCGUGAAGUUUUUCUCAAACAAAGAGCACAUGUGCUUCAGCAAUGUCAAUGAUUUUCCUCCAAGCGAUUCCGCUGAAUUAACUGAAGAAAACCUCAAGGGAAAGCCGGUGGUCCUUAAAUACGUUAAGUUUCAGAAUGUCCGCAGCUUGACGAUCUUCAUCGAAGACAACCAAUCAGGUUCUGAGGUCACAAAGGUCCAGAAGAUCGCUCUCUAUGGCUCAACGGUGGAGACAACUGAUAUGAAGGGGUUGAAAAAGAUUGAAGAUCACUGA